GAUUUAUUUUUGGUAGGGUCGCUUAUGGCUGAGUCGUAUACCUGCCUCAAGAAUAAGUGCUGAUAUCAUCAUUCAAUAUAAAUACACAGUAGAAUUUAUUUCUCAUCACGUAACUAUAAUAAAUUAUUAAAAAUUGUUUAAAAAUAUGGGACGACAUUUAAUACUCAGUUUGUGUUUUGUGUCACUCGCACUAAUAUGUUGCCAAGGUGAUAAGUAUGAGUGUGGGCCUAAUGAGUCACGGAAUCUUUGUGGCCGUUCAUGCGAACCUUCUUGUGAACAAAGAGAUUUUUCUGUAGCAAUCUGUCCACAAUGUACUUAUCAAACAGAAGGUUGUCGUUGCGACGAAGGGUAUUUGAGAUACAAAGAUAGAUGUAUUCUACCUAAAGAUUGUCCACCUAAACCUCCAACCAAUCCUCCAGCAACCGAUUGUGCCUAUGGAGAGAUUAAGGGGGCUUGUGGAAGACUUUGCGAAGGAGAUUGCACUGAUCCUUUUUUACCAGAAGUAUGCGGACGCAUUAGAUGUGCAACAGCAAGUUGUCAAUGCGAUUUAGUUAAAGGAAUGGUAAGACAUCCUGGAGGACAUUGUGUUCACAAGAGUCGAUGCCCUAAAUAAUGUUGCUAAAAAAUUUGAAGAUUCGUAACAUUUCUUAUUUGUUUUUAUAAAAUAAACUAAUAAAGAUUAUUAGAAAAUACGUUGUGUAAAAUAACUUUCCUGUCUUGGAUAAUAAUAUUAUUGCAGAUAUGUUUAUAUACCUGAAUAUUUAAUAAAAUCUCGUCAUUUUUUCUGUACUUGUAACAAACUAACUCAAAUAUUUUUUUUUUUUAAUAUAAACUUCGUACGUCAAUCAAAUUUUUUUUAAUUUUGUUGUUGAGAUAAUAUAUGAAUAAAUAAAAAACAAAUAAGUUGAUGUUUAAAAAUAGCUUGAUUUUUUUACUGAUAGCUUACAAUUGUAUAAACACGACAUAGUUCUAUAGAUGUACUGAUAUGUGUAAUUGUAAAUGCAUUUGUAUAUAAGCUCAGUCAUAACUUAAAUACUUAGGAAAAUAGACGCGAAAUACAUAGCGAUAAGCUGUAAAUUAAGUAAUUUAAGAAUAUAUAUACGUAUAUUCAAUAUAUUUACAAUAUGGGUUAUAAAAUGAUAUUUUUAAUAUCUGCUAUUUUUUGUGUACAAACAAUUGAUUCAAAAACGAACGAUAAUUGUGCACAGGGUGAAACUAUAUUGUACUGUGCAAGACUGUGUGAAGCGACAUGUAAAACACCAUACAUUACUGAACAAUGCAAGCAUACUAAUUGUCUCCUCGGAGGAUGUGGAUGUGAUUUGGAUAAAGGAUUCGUUAGAGAUCCAAAAACUGAUACCUGCGUGCAAGAAGCUAACUGCAGUAAAUAAACAGUUAUAAGAAUUGUCUUCAAAAGCAUUAUGAAUAAAAAUUUAAUUAUUUUGGAAAGUCUUUUAUCGGAACGUUGUCAUUGUAUAAAAUUUUACUGUAGGUUUUUAUAUCAAAACCUAGUCGUUUUCGAUUGGGACCAACUAUGAUCUUAAAUAUCUUGAAUCACAGUAUUUAUUUUUAUUUUUUAGGUCAACAUCGCAAUUUAUUAAUUUCAAACAAUUACAGUCGAACUCCAUUAACUCGGAUUCCAUUAUCUCGGAACUUCCCUUCAAUCUUGACCCUAACUACGAGCUACGCUGUCUCCCACCGGAUACUAUACAUUUGUAUGUCUCUGUCAUGGAGACUUUAAAGUCUCCAUAGUCUCUGUCUAUAUUUAUUUAUAUAUCAUUCAUGUAGAUGUAAUAGCGCAUGCGUUAUAGUUUCCUUCCAAAGAAGAAGGGGCAUCCGUUAAGUCGGAAAUUUAAAGAAAUUUCCGCUCCUUCGUAAACUAACCGUCCGAGUUAAUGGAGUUCGACUGUAUUUUAUUUAUUAAAAUAAUUAAUUUGGAUUAUUAUCCUUCUCUUUACUCAUAACAAUAGUAACCCGAAAUUCUCUUCAAUAGAUAAUCAUUUUAAAAUGAUUAAUAGUUUGCCUGCAAAUAAUUUGCAAUUCAUCAUUUGUAAUCAAUUACAUAAAGUAAUAAAGGUAAAUCAGUACCCAAAACUUGUGUUUUCAUUUAUAAUUUACAUCAUCACGCAAAUGUUUAUCAUGAACCGAAUAAUAUCCCAUUCAAUCAAACGUCAAUAAUAAUUUGUACAUAAAUGCAAGCCGCUUAAAUUAAUUAAACUUACGUGACAAAUGAAUUCAAAUCAAUCAAUAAAUGUACCCACAUAUUUAUUU